AUGGAAUUCGGCCAGUUUCUCGAGAAGUGGCGCGAGUACCUGAACGGAGAUGCCCCUCGAACAGACUCGCACUUGAAUCAGGCCAACAAUGAGUACAGCGAGGAAGACCUGCGAUGUGCCACGCAAGACUUCGAUAAAUCCUGCCUGCUGGGCUCUGGAUCCUUCGGCCAGGUGUACAAAGGGACAAUGAAGGAUGGAACUGAGGUGGCGAUCAAGGUCCUCCAGGUGCCGGAAGAGGGUGGUUUCGAGGACGAGGUUCGCGUCCUCUCACGCUUCCGACAUCCCAACCUGGUGAUCCUCAUGGGCUUUGCCAGGCACGCUGCGACGGGCUGGCGCAGCCUCAUCUAUGAGUUCUGCGCAGGAGGCGACGUGGCGAGACGGCUGUCGCGGAGUCGACAUCACAAGGAGCUUUUUGGUGGCCGGGAACGUGUCAGUGCCGCCCUGGAUGCAGCUUGCGGGCUUUCGCACCUGCACAACAUGACCCCCAGGGCGUUCCACCGAGACAUCAAGUCGCAGAACAUCUUGUUGGAUAAGAACGGCACUGCCAAAAUGGCGGAUUUCGGUCUUGCUUGUUUGUCGAGUGCCUCGCAGCACAAGGUUCAUCGAGUGGGCGGAACUGUGGGGUAUGCGUGCCCAGAGUACAUCCGAACUGGCCUCAUCACCGAAGGUGCAGAGGUCUACAGCUUUGGUAUGGUACUCUUCGAGCUGCUGACGGGCGUGCCACCUGCCGUCUGCCGGCCGGGCGGCCGAUCGGGGGAAUUCGACUACCUUGUGGACUACCUGCAGGGCAGUCCAGAGAAGGUCCAGCAAAUGCUCGACCAGACUGCAAGUUUCGUUCCCCGAGCCGUAGAGGCCUAG